AUGGCAAACGACGAGGAACCGCCCUUCCCCACGCCCAUCCUGCCGUACCACCGCGCGGAAUACCCAGCCAUCAACCCGACGCGGCCCGAGCUGUCGUCCAAGGGCAAGAACGUGCUCGUGACGGGCGGCGGCAUCGGCGUGGGCGCGGACAUCGCGACGGCCUUUGCCCGGUCCGGCGCCGCGCACAUCGGGCUGGUGGGGCGACGGGCCAACCACCUCGAGGCGAACAAGGCGGCCAUCGAGGCCGCCUACCCGGGCGUCAAGGUGACGGCCCUGACGGCCGACCUCGCCGACGGCGACUCCACCACGGCGGCCGUCCAGAGGUUCGCCGCGGCGACGCCCGGCGGCAAGAUCGACGUGCUGGUGGCCAACGCGGGGCACCAGAGCGCGCUCGCGCCAUUCGACAGCGUCGCGCGCGACGACUUCUGGACGUCGUUCGAGGUGAACAACAGGGGCACCUUCGACCUCCUGCGCGCGUUCGGCCCGCUCGCGGCGCCCGGCGCCGUCGUGCUCAACGUCAGCACCGGCAUGGUGCAGCGCCAGUACAUGCCCGGGUCGCCCAGCUACCACGCCUCCAAGGCAGCUGCCAUCGUGCUGUUCAACUACUGGGCCUUUGAGCACCCGGAAGUGCGCGUCGUGCACUUCCACCCGGGCAUCUUCCCCACCGAGAUGGGCAACAAGACGACCGAGGCUCUGGGCUUUGAAAUGCCGCAGGACAAUCCCAACCUGCCCGGAGGCUUCGCCGUGUGGGCGGCCAGCCCCGAGGCGGCGUUCCUGGGCGAGCUCCCGCCGCGCUUCGUGUGGGCGCACUGGGACGUCGACGUGCUCAAGUCCAAGGCCGCCGAGAUCAAGGCCGAUCCCAACCUGUUCGCCUUCAACCUGACCGUGGCCGGGUCGCCGAGUGGCUAG